CGGCGCUUCUAUAUCAUUGGUUCCUCUGAACUCUCUGGCCUAGGCGAUACAGAUGUGCAGGUUUUGAAUAGUUAUUUGAAAACAUUACUGCAGGCUUUCGAGUGGGAGUGUUGGUUAUACUUCAUUUUUUAUUAUAUGUAACUAAGACCAUCUACGAUCAAUUGUGCACAGUAUAAACCAACCAAACCAACACUUAAAGUGUGACCAAUCGCCAACAAACUUACAAAAAGAACCAUGGAACUUCGUCAUUUCAUCAAGUAUACACCCCCACCAGCCCACCCAUCAGAUUGUGAGUCUUGUCCUAGUGAUCUGAAUGAUGAGAUUCUGGAAUGGAAAGAGCGGAUGAAAUAUAUUCAUGAGGACAUGGACUGGCUGUUAAGGCUUGGUACUGAAGAGUUUUGGAAACAGAUUACACAAGAUGAAACUUUCAGCCAUAGCUAUGAUUCUUUUUGGCAAUGCUGUCCAAGGCCAUAUGAUUUGCAAGAUGUUCCAAGCCAAUGUUUAAGGAUUCAAGAUGAAAUCAGGAAACUAUCCUUGCUACUUUUCCUAAGAAUCUGUGAUAGUACAAGUCUUGAUGGAAAGGCAAAUAUUUCCCAUGCUUCCUUGUUAUACGAUAACUUUCUCCUGGAUGUUCCAAAAGUCAUAGAUAUUUGCAGCAUUUACAACAAUGUUAGUGUUGAUACCAAGCAUCUUAUAUCAAAUGCUCUUGAAGCAGCUUUUAAAAAACAGCAAGGCUAUUGGAAUGAUUUAGAUGUUGCCAUUGACACGAUCUUCCAUACAUUUGAAAGCAUUGCAGAGAGAUUUACUCUUCUUGAUGAUGACGAUGAUCACCUGCCGAAACAGAUCUCUACUCAAGGAAAAACAGGGUAUUCAUCCGAUGACGUCAUAGAUGUAAUCGUGUACUUGUACGACACGGCUAAUGCACUUUGGUCUCUUGUUUCCAUGUGUCCCUUUACAUGCCCUAUACUUCUUGACAAAGGAUCUUUAAAAAGGAUUUCAACAAUAGUCGACAAGUUUCUUCCACGCCUAAAAGAACUUUAUGGCAAAAGGCUGAGUGAAGACCAGAGAAAAUAUUUUCACAGGACGAAGAGGCAACUGCUUCAGUUUAGCCACAAAAUUCUGAGCGAAUGCUUUUUCAGCCGUGCUUCAGCAUUUUCAACAGACAAAAAGCUCCUUGAAGAUCUUCUUAGCACUCUUUCGCAUCUUUUGUCUGAUACAAGGUUUAUUGUCAAUUAUGAAAAGUAUUUCAAACUCAGUGAUGAGCUUAGCAAAAUUGAGAUGAAAUCAGAUGGUGAUCAUGUUGAAAAUAUUGUUUAUAUAAAGCAAAUCAUACAGAGUAUGGUGCCGCAGACACUACCUGAGAGCAAGGAGGAAGUGCAAGAGGUGGAGGCUGGUGCAGUUGCCGCUGUACCAGAAGACAAAAUCGAAGAGUUAAUCACUCAGUUGAAAAGCAUGUUUCCUAACGAGAAGAAUGCGUUUCUGCGAGCCGCCAUUAUUCACUUUGAUGGCAACCCGGAAAAGGUUGUCAAUAAUAUCAUCGAAAACAACUUCCCACCAUAUUUGGAGGAAAUACGACAUGAAGAAUCUGCUCCAAUGAAGCCACAACUGAAGGAAAAAGAGACAGACGGUGCAUUGCCAGGCCAAUAUUAUUUGAAAAGUGACGUUUUGAAGAAAUCAGAGAUUGAUGAAAUAUUCACAAAUACUGCAACCUCUAAAGAUUUUCUCAAGCAUCUGAAAUCAUCGGACGGGGGUUCGGCUGCAUAUGAUUCAGCUUAUGACGAUUUCGCCUAUGACGAAUAUAACGAUGAAUAUGACGAUACCUACGAUUCUCAUAAUGUCGGUGUAAUGGAUGCUGAUUCGGGCGAUGAGCUAAGGGAUGUUACUACGCGAAGAACAUUCGUUAAGCCCAAAGUCCUGCGAGCUCUAGAGAAGCCAUCAGCAUCAGACGAAGAGCAGGAAGGUAGCAGUAGUGAGGAGGAGGACAACCAAGAUCAGAAUGAACAAGGACUUUUCGAAUCUGGAUGGAAUGCAUCAAAUCGGGGGUAUGGUCGUGGAAAUGCUUCAUGGAGAGGGAGAGGAUAUGACAGAAGACAGCGUUAUAACGAAGGAGCUAGAAAUGACACUGAAAGAAAUCGAAGGGGAGCUCCACGUGGUGAAAAUGAAAGAGGAAGACCAUCAAAUAGAGGGCACAGAGGUGGACCAUCUCGCCCUCCUAGAGGUGGACAGUCACACCCCGCUAGAGGUAGGGGAGGAAAGAAAAACAAUCAUAAAUCUUUGGCUUUGAAGAAAUCUGCUAGAGGAAUGGCAGGAAUUUAGCAAUUUAUGUUUUAUAAUUUGAAAUUAGAAGAACUUUAAGUAUCAAUGCAUAUCUGACUGUUCGCCGGUCACUGUUUUCGUUUCAUUUGAAUCGAUUUUUGAGCAAAUAUAGGGUAGGCAGGCUGUGCUAUAGCACAUUCAAUGCCUGCCCAACUUCUGUCAGUAAUUACUGAUUGCUAGAAGAAAUUCAUUACUUAUUUUUGAAUGAAAAUCAAAUGUCCUAAAACAA